ACACACGUCACAUACGUAUACGUCCUCUCCCAGCAGAGAGCGAGGUAGCGGCAUGGCUAACGUUAGCUGUGAUGCUAGCGCAGCCGCUAAGGUGCGCGCCUGCUCAAGCGUCCUCUUAUGGCGUCACAUUUAAGGCUGAAACGACGCGUCGACGUAGUCGACGUCAUCGGUUACGUAAAUACGUCGACGUCAUUUUUGUGCGUCGGCGCGUCGCAUAUUUACGUCACACCACUGACAUGGCGGAGCGCAGAGCAAACGAUGCGAGCGAGGGGAAAAAAACACGCCAAAAGUCGUCAAAAGUGUGGGAGUAUUUUAAUAAACGGCCUAAUAAUGUUGUUUUAUGCACACUGUGUCGAGCGGAAAUGGCGUAUCACAGCAGCACAACGGCUAUGAACGAGCAUCUAAAAAGAAAACAUCCGACAGCGUUCUUCCCAUCACCAUCAACGAGUCAAUCAUCCGCCAAACGACAAAGCAGUGUCCAGGAUUUUUUUCCAAAGAGGCAUGGGACUGAAUGCACACCCCAAGUGGCCGCUGACCUGACUGAUGGUGUCCUGGAAAUGAUGGUCAUAGACAUGAGGCCAUUAAAUAUGGUAGAAGGGGAAGGGUUUCAAAAAAUGAUCAAACGGUUUCACUCUGGCUACACACUACCAUCAAGAACCCACUUCACUAAGCUUAUGGAGCAAAAAUACACAAAGAAAAUGAAAGAAGUCAAAGCAAUCCUGAAAAAUGUGAAAGGAAAACUGACACUCACAACUGAUGCAUGGACAAGUAUGGCCACUGAAGCUUACCUUGGUGUCACCAUUCACUUUGUUAAUGAUGAGUGGGAGCUUACCUCAAUUAACUUGACAACAAUGCCCCUCAAUGAAAAGCACACUGCAGAAAACAUUGCCUCUUGGAUUGAGGAUGUUGUCAAUAAGUUUGAAAUAAACAUAAAACUAGUACAAGUCAUUGUACAUGACAAUGCUGCAAAUGUUGUUGCAGCUUUAAGAGUUCUUGAGGAAAGACAUGGUGUUUCAUCCCUCAGAUGUGUUGGCCAUACUCUACAGCUUGUAGUUAACCAUGCUCUAAAGGACAACCACAUCAGCAGAGCUUUAGGAGCAGCAAGAAGUUUGGUCGAGCACUUCAGAAAAAGUGAGCUAUCCAGUACAAAACUAAAGGUUAAGCAAAAACAAAUGGGUUCUCCAGACCACAGCCUCAUACAAGAUGUGUCUGUGAGAUGGAACAGUUCCUUUUACAUGAUUAGUCGCCUGCUUGAGCAGAGGUGGCCAAUAACAGCAACUCUGUCAGAUCCGGAGGUCACUCAAAGAGGGAAGCAUUUUCUGGAUCUUAAGGCUGACCAGUGGAGCUUGCUUGAAGAACUUGAACAAGUUCUGAAACCUUUUGAAUGUGCAACUGUGUACCUGAGUGGAGAAUCUUAUGUAACAGUUUCCGCUGUCCCUCUGCUGGUCAAAGGGCUUCGGAAGGCUACACAAACUGCUUUUGAAAAUGCAUCAAUCAAGUGUUUCCAGGUCACUGCUGCACGUGAGAUAACAUCCAGGUGGGAAGCCGAGACCACAUUCAAAGAUGAUGGACCAAAUGUGUGCAUAUUAGCAGCUGCACUUGACCCACGAUUCAGGAAGCUGAAAUUCCUGACUGCAGAUGAGUGUUUAAAAGUUCAAUAAAAGCUGCAUGCAAUAGUUCUGGAGGAGAAAAGAAGGGAAAAGGAGACACACGCUCAACAGGGCACAGCAAUGCAAGUGGAAAGACCAGAUGCUGACAGGCGGCCUGUAUCUUUACUAGACACACUUCUUGGCUCAGAUUCAGAUGAACUCAGCAACAAUGAGGAAGACAACAAUGACAGUAAUGAUGCUGAAAUGGUCAGAAACGAGUUAGUGUCUUAUUUUGGAGAAUCCCCCAUUUCCAAGGAUGAAAACCCAUUAAAAUGGUGGAAAGAACAUCAGGCAAGGUUUCCAAAUCUGGCAAUGCUGGCUCGGUCUUACCUCUCAGUUCCAGCCACAUCGACCCCUUCUGAGCGCCUAUUUUCAGCUGCUGGGAAUAUUGUAAACAAGAAAAGAACCAGCCUCACCCCAGAGCAUGUAGACAUGCUAACCUUUCUUCAUUACAACUGUUAGUCACUCACUGGAAUGAGUAGAAUUGGUUAUAGUGUACUGUGUUGGACUGGAUGUUUAUUUUGCACAUUUUAAAAGCAAUACUUAAUGUUUACAGUGCUCCAGAAUAUUUAGAUUGGCACAAAUGUUUACAGUGUUACAGAAUGUUUUGCCAUGUUUUCAAUGUUGACUGAGUGGCCAUACUUUUUUUUUUUGGAAAUAAAAGCCAUGCCUUUUGAAAAAA